UUCAGCGAUUAGAUUUGUGAUUCUACGAACGAAUGCUCAAACAAUUGUUCGCUGUUAUUACAAAGUUAUUACGAGUUUAUGUGAAUAGUAUAAUGUUCGUCGAAUUGUGAAAGCUGUAAUAAGGCAGUUUGUGCUGUACGGAAGUGAAUUGUUGCAAACGAAAUCGAAAUUUACGAGAAUAGGACCACGUGGAUACCUUCGAUGACAAUGUUCCCUAUUAAUCGACGACGAAAUCCGGCUAGACUCCACGGUUUGAAGCCGGUUGACGGGAAGAAACGGAAGCGGUAUUUCAUGCGACGUCGUCCUCCAAUAGUAAAACGCAAGUGGAAUGUUACUGAAAUUCCGAUCAUCCCUUUGCCAUCGAAUGCGUCGAGCAACAUGGACGCUUUGAAACAGAGAGUUAAUGGACAUCUUGAAACGCCGAAUUGCCGGCAACCAGCUCGGAAGAUGAAACAGCAAAGGUUAACACCGUUAAUGGAAGCGAUUUGCGGAGGCGCUUUCCGUCUGUCGCUGUUGGAUUCGUCAUAUUUUAAAGAGUUUAUACACAUGCUCAAUCCAAGCUAUAACAUACCUAGCAGCGACACAGUAUCGAAAACCAUUUUGCCAACUGUUUUUGAAGAAUGCGCUAAUAACGUUAUGAUAACACUUGAUAAUUCCUCGAACGUUGCACUAAGUAUUGCAGGGUGGACAAGCCAGGAUGGAGUAUCUUUCUUUACGAUUGUUGCACAUCUCACAACUAUAUAUUCCAAUCGGGAACACUCUUUGUUUUUGGCUUGCGGAGAUUUCGGCGUUGAUAGUACAGCGGAGGAAAUUGCUUUGUGGUUGGACGAUGUUGCGAUGAAAUUUGACUUCGAUGGUAGGAUAGAUUGUAUCGUUACGGACCAUAAUCCUAAACUCAUAGAUGCAAUGACCCUUUCCAAAUCAAACUUUGCACACUUUUGCUGUUUUGAGAUUUCCUUUGGGUUUGUCAUUGAGAAGGCUUUGCAUGAUGUGUUGCAACCCAAGGUAGAAUCUGUUAAUGAAUUCUUAAAGUGGUUUAUAACGAAUGCGAAAGCUGUAAUGGAGUUAGGCGAAGCACAAUUGAAAUAUGGUCUUUCAAAUGAGCAGAGAAAGCUCGAUGAUGGCCCAGGCAACUGGCAAUCCACUUUGGAUUUGCUGAAUUGGUUUCAAAGCAAUAAACUUGCUAUCAUCUCAGCCCUAGAUGCUUCGCAAAUAUCCUUUUCAUGGACCGAGAGAGAUUGGAUAGUUCUAGAACAAUCAUUGAAGAUACUGAGUCUUUGUCGCCAUGCGUUUGAUAGAAUCUGCUCAGAAAAGUACUUCGCUUUAUCAAUAAUGAAUGUCGUUUCCAAGGAGUUGAAGCGAAAAUUCACAGGCUUCAUGCAAGACACCGAACUACUAGCGGAAGUAAAUGCUUUAGUUCGUGUCCUUGAUGGUGCCUUAAAUGAAAAACUGGAAGAUGUGUGGAAUAGUCCACUCGUGGCGGAAACGACGCUCUUGGACCCGAGGAUAAAACAGUAUGGAUUUACGUGUAAAGAUGCGGAAUACAACGCUGCUUAUGAAUCGGUUGUCGAAAAGCUGAUUGAGUGUCAUAGUUUGAAUGGUUUCAUGACAACUAAAUGUGAUGCAAAUUUGAGUGAUCCUUUGUUGGGUGAUCUCCGUCAACGGAUUGCAGAAAAACGAAAUCUAGAGUCAGCAGCUAAACAUGAGCUGGAUUCGUAUCUGGGUGCAUGCUGUCUGGAUUUAGACGCAAAUCCUGUUGCAUGGUUAAGCUAUUACGAGCGUAACUAUGAAGGAAUCUUUCAGUUAGCUGCUAAGACUAUCGCUAUCCCGGUUAAAGUAACACACAGUGGUGAAAAGUUUUCGAACCUUGCGCCAGACAACAUAGAAAAAUUAUUCGAAUUGUAUCCAAGAAAUUGGAAAGAAAUUCUUUUUAUCGAUCAAAACAUAAGGGUAGACGUAGAACGGCCUACAAAUUAGGAAAUCUUGUUUUGUUUAAGUGAACUCUUAAUUUGAAAACUACCUCAAACUGAUAGAUGAAACUUGCACAUGAACUGACGGAAUUCUUGAAAUGAGCAUAAUUAUGUUUUUCGAAAUUUUUGUAUGCGUUAUCCUCAGAAUUAUAUGUGAUAAAUAAAAUGUAAGAA